AUGUCAUCAACAACAACAGGUAAUGAUGAUGAAUAUUUCAGCGCAGAAUCCUCUGCGUGGAUGAUUGACGAUAAUCAUCAUUCAAUCUCUACGAUCGCAAUUACACUAAAAUCAUUUCAGUCAAUUUUAACCGUAUCGCCAAAACAUAUUUUGGUAAAUGAAGAUUCAAACAAAAGAAAAAGAUUAAUACUUAUGGAUAAUAAUCUUAAAAGAUGUUCUACGACUUCUUCAAUAACAAAAGAUAUAAUUGAUGCUGUGUGGCAUAGUGUUGAACAAAAGUUUUUUUUACUCACGGAAACAAAAGUAUUUACCUUUGAUCCGAUUACAAAACUUAUAGAAUCCUUAUCCGAUAUGAAAUCACCUGAUAGAAAAUCGUUCAAGUGUUUUACAACAUUCAAUAAUCAACCUUCAUUAUACAUUGCUUACAAUGAAUGGGGAUCACAAUUUAUCGAUGAAUGGCAACGACGUAAGGACAAUAAUCGUUGGAUACUUAUCAAAAAGCAUUCAUUGAAUUUAACGGCAAAUGAAUUUAUUGGAACAAUGCUAGGAAUCGCUCAAGAUGAAAGUUCAAAUCUUGCAAUGACGAUCUAUAAUGAUUUCACUCAACAAUGGCGUUUAGAAUUACGAAGCGCAGAAACAUUCAUGUGUUUAAAAAAUAUUUUACUAUCUGGCUCAAAUCUUACAGAUGACUAUAGAAUUGUUGAGAUGAGAAAUAUGGCAUUAGAUAUUAAAUGGUUAAUACAUUCACUAAAUCAUCGUGAUAUCAUAGGAAUCAAUUCAAACUACAAAAAGAUUCCUUUGAGUUACAAAACUCCAGUGAAUAGAAUGACACAAUUUAAUAAUAAUAAAUUAGUUAUACUUACAAACAACGAACUUCAAGUUCACUGUGUAUUCUGA